CCUGCGCAGGUCCCGCCCGUGCUCUCGCGAGAGCUGGGAGGCGGAUAAUGGCGUCGAAGUGAGCGCGAGCUCGCGGCCGCCCAAGAAGUCGCCGCAGCCUCAGCCGGAGCCGCAGGAGCUGCGGGGACAAAAGGCCUAGCCGGGCCAAGGAUGGCCACGUGGGGGGCCUCCCAUCUCCCUAAGCGGGGGAAGAGGGGAUGCUGCUUUCGAUGAGCACUUCCUGACAGCGGUCCACUUCUGCUUUAGGAACACUCCCGCCUAGCAGCCUGCCUCCCUGGAUGGAGGAAGAACCCUCCGUGCCCAGCCCGGACAUGCUGAUCAGUGCAGAGCCCAGCUCCAGUGAGACCCAGAAGGAAGUGUCCCCAGGCGUGGCUGCUGCAGCCUCCUUCUCCAUGGGGGAGGCGGCAGGGCCUGACCAGACAGCCACCCCCGCAUUGUGGGACCGCGGAGGGUCUGGCGCGGGCCAGCAGGGCGCCUCCUCAGCCCCAGGCGCGGGCCAGCCUGGCCCGGGAUCUAGCCUUGGCCCAACCAGCGCAGUUUCUGGGACCAGUGAGGACCUGCGGCCUCCCAGGCGACGCCCACCACCAGGAAAGCAGAUACCCUGCUCCAGCCUUGGCUGCUGCCUCAGUUUCCCCAGCGUUCGUGACUUGGCACAGCAUCUGCGUACCCACUGCCCACCCACACAGUCCCUGGAAGGCAAGCUCUUCCGCUGCUCCGCCCUGAACUGCACCGAGACCUUCCCCAGCAUGCAGGAGCUGGUGGCACACGGCAAGCUGCACUACAAACCCAAUCGCUACUUCAAGUGUGAGAACUGCCUCUUGCGCUUCCGCACGCACCGCUCGCUCUUCAAACACCUGCAUGUUUGCGCUGAGCAUGCGCAGAGCCCAGCCCCACCGCCAGCCCCUGCCCUCGACAAGGAGCCCUCCGCGCUCGAGCGCCCCACGGAAUCUGACUCUGCGGCGGCGACGGGCUGGCAGCACCCGCUCGAGCCCUACGCGACGCCCGCCCCUGCCCCCAGCGGGCCCUUUCGUCCCUACCUGAACCCCGCGUCCUUUGGCCUAAACCCCACGCGCCUGCGCCCCUUCCUGGCUGCCGCUCCUGGGCUGCCGGCCUCCAGCGCCGCUGUCUGGAAAAAGAGCCAAGGUGCCGGUGGCAGUCCUCGAAGACCCCAGGGCGGCUCCGACGCGCCCUCAGGGCACAUUUUGUGGGAGCACACGCGUGGUCGCUACUCGUGCAUGCAGUGCACCUUCUCCACAGCCUCGCGGCCCGCCAUGACCCUUCACCUGGAGGACCACCGCUCCAUUGCCCCCGGGCAGCCACGCCCCGAGUGCCCGGUGGGUAAGGCCCUGGAGUACCAGGGUGGGGAGGAUGGAGGCCCCAGAGGCGAGGGGCGGGGCUGAGGCUCAGACACCGCCUCCUCUGCCCCACCCAGACCUGGCCCUGCUUGCACCCAAGGUGUCGCUCGCUGCUGCUAUCAAAGGGAAAGUGUAGUGUUAUUGCUGCUCUGAAUGCCGUGUAGAGUGGGUCAUGAGAUGGGGCUAGUUUUGUAAUUUUACUGGGGCCUGAAAUGGAUUGGGAGAGGAAAUAAUAAAAGAGGCGGAUGAACUGGCCUGUGCUGUCUGGGUCCCUCAGCAGCCUGUCUAGCAGUCUUGGGCACCCCUGCCCCCAUCUUGAGAAGGGCAGGCCUCCUCUUACCCACAACCCACUUAUAUCCCACCUUCCCUGUUACCUCAACUCGGACCAGCCUCCUGCUCAGUACUGCCACUGAUGCUGUCCAGUCACUUCCAGAAACCAGAUGGGAUGGAAAUUUACAGUUUAAUUGAUUGAUUGAUUGAUUGAUUGAUUGAUUGUCUUGGGAGUCAGUGGGGAGGACAGGGAGGGAGGCUGGUCCUGAGAAAGUGCUGAGUUGGCCCAGCUAGAACCCUCUAGGUCCUUAGGCCAAUGAUAACUCACAGGGAGGUGACAGGAUAGAGCCCCAGAGCUGGGCAUUCUGUUGCAGGCUAGGACUCAGGCCUCUUCUUUGUCCUGGAUUUUUCCCCUGCCCCAGCCCUAAAGAAAACAGUGGGUCAAGGUCAGCCCCGGAGAGCCUGGGUUCCCUUCCCUCCUUAUCCCUCCCCAUCCUGGUCCUGUCUUCCCUUCCUUCAUGGGAAGUCAGGCCUGGGCCAGGGUUGGAAUUUUGGUGCCACACUGCUGUCUCAGCCCUGCUGUCACUGAGAUCUGUGGGCCAAGCUUCCUGGUAUGGAAGUCCCAGGUGUUAUUGGCAGCCACCACUCAGGUGGGUUCUACUACCUUCCAGCCCCAUGGUACCCCUAGCCCAGGCCUCUGCCCUCUACCCUUCCUGGGCACCAGAAGCAAUUCCUCCUGCCCUUCCCCCCCAGUCUGAACACCCCUGAAAACGGGUCUCUUCUGAUUGUGUCCCUCCCCUUCCUAUUCCCUUCAGUGUCUCCCUAUAGUUCUCUAGAUGAAGAUCCUGUUCUCCUAGUAGCUCACAAGGCCCCCAUCUUGAACCUUCCCAUUCCCUCCCCGGGCCACACAAAUCAUCUCCCUUCUCCUCCUUGAAUACAGACUUCCUGUGAGCAAGCACACGAGUGAACCCCUGCAGACCCUGCUGAGAUGGUUGUUACUCAGCACCAGCUGUGGAGUUAGAUGGGCCAUCAGGGAAGUGGCUCCAGGGCCCUCUGAGCUCCCCCUUCUCAGCUAGAAGCCUUAUAGCCAUGACUGUGUGGCCAUCAGCUUUCCUGCAUCUCACUUUUUAAAUGAGUGCCUUGAUGCUCUUCCCUGGAUCCUUUGUGAGGAUUCAUAGAGGGACUGAGGAGAGAAGGUGGGGACUUGGGAAAUGUUUGCAAGUGAUUCACAUCCCUCCAGCCACCAAGCCCAUGGCUACCUCAACCUUUGCAAGAGCCUGGGGAGGAGGUGGGGCAAGGUCAAGGGGCCCAUUUUACAGAGAGAGAAGGUGAAGGUAGGUGGGUAAGCUCACUGACUCUCUAGCCAGGCCCAGUUUUAAGUCACUCGCUGAU